GUGUGAGUGGUGAGUGUCCGGGGAGAGCGGUGUAGAGGCGUCCUUGCAGUGCGCGGGUCCCGGCGCCUCUGAGGUCCUCUACCCGCCAUUUUGAAACCCAAGCCGUUAUGGCCGACGCUAGAGCCACUGCCUUGGAAGUUUUGUGGUGAUUCCUAACGUUGCAAUGCGAGUGUGCCCUGUUCCAGUGUGUUGCGUUAUGCCAGAAAGGCCCCAGACUGUGUUGGCGUGACCAGUGGUGAUGGAAACUGUCUGAGUGGCGAGAAAACGUCGUGUGUGAGGUGAGGGACGCGUCGUGCGCCGUCCUGGACUGACUCGGGGUUUGUUGUGAGUCCGUUUGUAUUGUUUCCUCGCUUUUCUCUCGUAGCGAAUAUGAUUCCUGGGCAGACUAGACUAGACAUAACCAUGGAGGAGACAAACGGAGGGGGCAUGCAGGUGGACUCUCCCCCUAAGGUGGGAGGGACAGUUGAGCCCCCACCAAGAGAGGAACCUAUCAUAGAUCCCAUUAAUGACAUUGUACAGCCUCCCUUCACCCCUCCAUCUCAUAGACCUGGACGUGUUACAAAUCAGCUUCAGUACAUCCAGAAGCAAGUGAUGAAGACUGUUUGGAAACACCAGUUUGCUUGGCCGUUUCGCCAGCCAGUGGAUGCCAUGAAGCUCAAUUUACCUGACUACCACAAAAUAAUAAAGCACCCUAUGGACCUGGGCACUAUUAAGAAACGCCUUGAAAAUAAAUAUUAUUGGAGUGCCAAAGAGUGUAUACAAGACUUCAACACUUUGUUUACUAAUUGCUAUGUGUAUAAUAAGCCUGGUGAGGACGUAGUGUUUAUGGCACAGGGUCUAGAAAAGAUAUUUUUAAGAAAAGUGGCAGCGAUGCCCAAGGAUGAAAUUGAAGUAGAGGAUGCUACUAGCAAAGGUGGCAAGGGCCGUAAAGGUCGGACACCAACAGUGCCAGGAACAAAGCCUCCUAGACCUCCCUCAGUCCCUUCUGCCCCUUCUGUGACUGCCCCAUCCACAGUGCCAGUGGUCACGGCACCUCCUGUUAUGAAUGCUGUUACAGUUGGGGGUGUCACCAGCGCUAGUUCGCCAGCCCUGUCCAACUCGCUCUCUUCCCCACCAACGGCUACUACCAUGGGGUCAUCUCAACUGCCACUACCCUUGAGAGUAAGCACCCCACCAACCACUACCACUGUGCUGGGUUCUACUGCUCAGCCCACCGUCCCAGCACCUGCAUCAACAAACUCCUUUCCUCCGAAGGGGAUUAAGAGGAAAGCAGACGCAAUGAAUCCAAUGAUUGGCAACUCUAAUUUAGAUGCAUUUUCACCGGGGCUAGGAGAAAAGAUGGGGAAGAUAUCCUCUCGGAGAGAGUCAGGCAGACAAAUCAAGAAGGUAAACAAGGAUUUACCAGAUUCUCAGGAACUUGUGUUCGCCACUGCCAUCUCUCCACAAAGUCUUGGUCGUAUCGUUAUGGAAACCUGUAAUGCCAUCAUCACUGUAUUGAAGGAGCAUAUUAAGAUCCCCAAAACAUCAGACGAAUGGUUAGAAGUUGCUGCAGCAUUUGAGAGGACUUGGCAGUUUCCCCAUUGUAUCGGGGCGAUCGAUGGGAAGCAUGUGCAAAUUAAGAAACCUUGUGGUUCUGGUUCAUACUACUACAACUACAAACAUACAUUCAGCAUUGUGUUAAUGGCUGUUGUUAAUGCCAGAUAUGAAUUUAUGAUGGUUGAUGCAGGUGCCAAUGGUAGAGUAUCGGAUGGUGGGGUGUUUGGAAACACAAAAUUUGGUAAGAGGCUGAAAGAAAAGCAGUUAAAUAUUCCAGAGCCAAACGCCAUGCCUGGGUGCCCUGGAGUUAUGCCAUAUGUAUUCAUUGCAGACGAUGCCUUUCCUUUACUUGAUAACCUCAUGAAGCCCUUUGCACACAGAACAAAUGACAAAAUCACAAGCUGUCUAUAAUUACAGACUGUCACGAGCUCGACGGAUUGUUGAAAAUGCUUUUGGAAUAAUGUCAUCAUGAUUUAGAGUUCUUUUGUCUUCCAUUAAUGUAUGUCCAGCAAAAGCUACAACAAUAGUAAUGGCAUUUUGCUAUCUUCAUAACUACUUAAGGAAACGAAACGUGCAAGCAUAUCUAGAUCCCGGAUUUGGUGUAGACGAUGUGAGUAGGACGCAGGGUAAUGAAGGGAAUUUUAGAUCUGACAAGCAACCUAUUCCGCUGGCACCAACAUGUUCUCGUAAUGCUACUUCGUCUGCUAAGACUGUAAGGGAUGCAUUUUGUAAUUACUUCAAUAACGAAGGGUCUGUUUCUUGGCAGGAGUCUAGGAUUGACAUGUAAUGCAAAAUCAUUUGUGUAUUCUAUAAUCUUUGUCAAUGUCAAAAUCAUGGAUUACACUAUUUGACUGCCAA